AUGCGCUUCUCUUUGGGCCUUCUGUCGCUCACAGCUAGCGUUCUCUGCGCCCCUUCCUUACUAUCUCUUCGAGAUGAGGACUGGAAGAUUGCGCUUGGGUGGGAUGGAAAGACUACUACGCCUGCCCAGCUCGACCCUAGUAACGUAGUCAAACCCACGCCCGGUAAACCUGCACCUGCUUCCAUUUCCGGAGGCGUUUAUUUCUGCACUGAGGCUAAUUUUAAAGGCCAAUGCCUUUUCGUCGCUGGUUUUGAGUAA